GUCGCCUCCCACCCAAUACAGGUCUGUGCUCCCACCAUUGCCUCCCACUAAACUGAAUACAAGCCUUAGAUCCUCUUUCACUGUGUUUUGCCUUGCAAGAGGAUUGUGAGAAGAAGCCAUAUGCCUGAAGUGCACUGGCCAAGAUGACAAUUGUCCUGUAAUCUGAAGAAGAUUACCACCAUGGCUGAUACCCGUGAAAUUCGGGACAAGCUGCGGAGGAAACGCCGUGCUUUCCAAGAGUCUCUCGUGCGAGUCCGCGAUGACACCCAGGCUUUGGUCUCCUCGGCUAUGGACAUCAGUAGGGACUCUUCUGUGGAGGUACUUGCUGCCGGUGGGGAUGAGGAAGAACCCGCAGAGACUCUCAGGAAAUCACUGAAGGCUCAGAGACAGAGGAGGAAAAAGAAGCUAUUUCAGGGCUCGACUGUAGAGGAACCCCCGGCCAGGGUUCAGCAGCAGAGGAGAAGCAGACGAGAUGACGAUGACGAAGAUAAUGAUGAUGAGGAUGUUGAUGAGAAGGAGAAGGUGGAGGAGAUCAGUGAGGUGCGCUCCAUCCAGCGGUCGAGAGGGAGAUCGGAGACCGAGCCGGAGCCAGAAGAGGAGUCCGAGGCAGGGGCCAGGUCCUUCUCGCGCUCCCCUAGAGAUCUGCCUCCCCUCCCCACAGCAAGACCAAGCUCCAGUAUGUCAGAGAGCUCAAUACGACAACGCAUGCGAGACAAGCUCAGAGCUGCCAGGUCUAAAGCAGAGAGCCUUCUACAGCAGGAGGGAGCAGUGGAGCCCGCCAGUCGACUGCAGAAGCUCCGAGACAGAGAUGCCGUCACCAGGUUUGACAGAGAGACGGAGCUGCCAGGUCUCAGGCCAGAUGGAGAUCCAGCCGACAUAGCUGGAAAGGUGAAGUUUCGUGAGGCUGUGCGAAGAGUGCGGCUUGAAACCCAGAGAGGGACUGGCCUGCCCACUGCUGAGGAGGCCUUCAACUUCUUUACCUUCAACUUUGACCCCGAGCCGGAGGAGGAGGAGCCCAGUGAACGCCCUAAAAAGAGGAGGAGCAAGAGGGAACCAUCGUCUGGAGGGGAGGAUGAAGAAGGAGGAGAGGAGGAAGAGGAUGAUGAGGCAGAAGCUGAGGAGCAAGAGACUGAGGGAGAGAGGGAGCUUGCAGAAGAGGAUGACGAGGACGAUGAGGACAGGGAUGAAGAGUCUGCCCUGGUGAGAGAUGGAGAAGAGGACUUGUUCCUGAUUGAGCAGACCCGGCAGGACUUUGUGGAGGUGAGGAAAGCAGAGUACAUCGGAUACAACUCACGGGUCCAGAGAGAAGGACAACUGUUCUUCACUCCCAGCGUCAGAACAGUGCCUCCGUCCAGCAAGCUCCCUGACAACAUGCAGCCGCGGUUCCUGGAGGAGGAAGGCCUGUACGUAGGAGAGAGGCCCAUCGUCACCCUCACCAAUGAGAACAUCCUGGAGAAUCGCAUUCUCAGACAAGAGGAGGGUACCAAAUGGUUUGGAGAUGAUGGGAGGAUCAUUGUUCUUCCUGACCCAAUUAAAGAGUCCUCGACCCGGCCCCCUCUCUUCCACAUGGAGGGGGACCUGGACCCUGCUCUACAGACUGUCUACAGGAAGGCAGUUAAGUCCAAGUAUGCCAAGCGCUACAUGCCCGGUGUGGGCGAUACCCAGGGGGACUACCAGCUGGAUGUGGACGUGGCCGGCCUCAUCUUCUCCCACCACGGCCUCUUCAGCCGGGAGCACGUGCUGGGGGCCCGCCUGGCACAGCUCUAUGACCAGCACCUCACCAGGCAGCACAAGAACCUCACGCGCCUGCUCACCGAUAAGCUCAAUGGGCUGAGAAACACUGUACGGAACAUCCUGGAGCUGCAUGAUGGACAGGGCCUAAGUGAGAUCACACAGCAGAGAAUAACAGAAUACAAACAGGAAGUGAAGAUCACUCGCCAGAUGCGUGACGUGGAGCAGGAGAAGGACCGUGCUCUCCUGAAGAACAUCGUGAAGGUGUGGAAGGAGAUGAAAGCCCUCAGGGACUUCCAGAGGUUCACCAACACUCCAUACAAACUCUAUCUGAGAAGGGAGGAGGUGGACAGGGACUUUGAUGAGCGAGAGUACGAGACCGAGAUUCUGGCGGAGGUCUCCGAACUGCAGACAGAGAGCAUCGAGGAGUACGAGAAGAAGGUGGCCGAAUACAAGAAGCAGCUUGAGGAGUGGAAAUCCUGGAAAAAGAAGCAGAAAGCCAAGAAGAAGAAAAAGAAAAAGAGGCACCAAGAUGAGGAGCAUCAGGAGGAGGAGGAUCAUCAGCAUGAGGAUGAGGAGAGCGAAGAGGAAGAACUGGGCGAGGAGCCUACCAAGCCUGACCCGCCUGAGGAGCCAGACCUGGAGGAGGUGGAGCAGGGCGUGAGGGAGAAGGCCUCCAGGAUCCGCAGGAAGCCGGGGGAACCCAUCCUGGUGCCAGAGCUCUCUGCCUCCAGCGGCAUCACGCCCAACGACCAGUGCCCCAGGGCUGAAACUGCAAGGAGGCAGGACGUUUCGAAGCGCUCCCUUUUCGUGAAGGUUUUGUACAACGACAAGGAAGUGUCCCGCACAGACAGCCGUAGCCUGACGGCGGACUUCAGGGUGCACUUUGGCCAGAUAUUUAACCUCAAGGUCAUCAACUGGCCCGAGAGCAUCAAGCUGCAGGUUUUUGAGACGGUGGGAUCAACUACAACCCAGCUGGCUGAGGUGUAUGUGCCUGUACCUGAGCCAUCCAUCCUCACGGGCAGCGCUUCCUCAGAGCAGCUGGAGUUCAGCAGUGACCAGCGGGUCACCUUCAGCCAUGAGGGCGUCGGCAGCGAUGUGCCCUUCUCCUUUGAGGCGGACGGUAGUAACAGGCUGACCCUGCUGACCUCGGGCAAGUUGUCCUGUUGUGUGUCGUGGGCCAUCGGGGACGAUGACAUCCCUCUGGCCCCCCCAGUCACUCACGCCACCGCAGGUAUCAACAGUGGCAUCAAGCAGAUGGAUGCGAUCGCAUGUAUUGGCGCGUCGGGCCUGACAGACAUGAAGAAGUUGGGAAAGUGGGCUGCGGAGUCCCGCCUGGACCCAAACGACCCCAACAAUGCCUCCAUCAUGCAGCUGCUCUCAGUGGUGAGUGGUGGAGAGGUGACAGUUCCUGAGUACUUCCGCCUGGAACAGCUGCAGGAGGAGUUCAACUUCCUGUCGGACGAGGAGAUGGACCGCUCACGGAGGUUCCGCCUGCUACGCCUCCGUGCACAGGAGGUGGCUGAGUUCCGGGGCUACAAGUGUGUGCCAGCCCUGGAUCGCGAGGUCUCUGAGAAGAUCUUCCAGGACUAUGAGAAGAGGCUGAGAGAUGGCAAGGUCGUUGAUACCAAGGAGCAUUUGGAUGCCCACAGGGCAUUGGUGGCCAAGUACUUACAGAAGAUUCGGGAGUCUGUCCUCAAUCGCUUCCUCAUAGCCAAACAUCACUUCCUCCUGUCUGAUGUGGUGGUGGAGGAGGAAGUUCCCACUAUUGGGGUCCUUGGACUGAAUCUGUUUAAACUGGCCGAACCCAAACGUCCCUUGAAGCCGCGGAGGAAAGAGAGGAAGAAGGUGACGGCCCAAAACCUGUCGGAUGGAGACAUCAAACUCCUGCUCAACAUCAUCAGAGCCUACGACAUCCCCAUUCGGAAACCACAAGCCAGCAAACCUUCUGGAGCGACAAAGUCGAGUCGCUCAGUCACAGAGACCUUCACUGCAGGGCCGGCGUCACAAGCUGCCAUCCAGGGCAUGGACUGGCCCCUCAGCCAGGUGCUUGUCAGGCCCUUCGUGGAGGUGACGUUCCAACGUACUGUGCUCCAGACCUCCACAGCAGAGGGCCCAAACCCCUGCUGGAACGAGGAGCUCCUGCUGUCCUUCAGUGCUCCCAAUGGAGAUUACAGCACGUCCAGUUUACAGUCUGUCAAGGAUGAGGUCUUCAUCAACAUAUUCGAUGAAGUCAUUCAUGACUUAAGCGAACAGGGUGACCGAGACAGAGGGGGCUAUCACGCACACUUUGAAAGACACUGGCUCGGCUGCGUGAAGAUACCCUUCAGCACUAUCUAUCGACAGUCAAGGAUUGAUGGGACGUUCAAGGUAGAGAUGCCGCCUGUGUUGCUGGGCUACGUCAAGGAGCACAGCCUGGCGAGUGAGGGUGGCUAUGACUUGGUGAGGAACCUGACGGAGGGAGCCUUCAUCACCCUCUUCAUCACCAUCGAGCCCCAGCUGGUCCCCGGGGACACUAUGAGAGAGAAGUUUGACACCGAGGAAGAGGAGCGCCUGCUCCUGGCGUCCGAGUUCUACGAGAAGGACGCCAUGCAGCGCUUCCCCGACCGGCCCUGCCUCACCACCGUCAUCGACAUCAACGGCAAGACGGUGUUCAUCACGCGCUACAUCCGGCCCCUCAACCCUCCCCAGGAGCUGCUGGACGUCUCGCCCAACAACGCCCAGGAGACCGCGGAGUUGAUUGCCAGAUACGUCUCCCUCAUCCCCUCCCUACCAGACAGCAUCUCCUUCGCUGGUGUUUGUGACCUGUGGAGCACUUGUGAUCAAUUCCUGACGCUGCUGGCAGGGGACGAGGAAGAACACGCCGUCCUGCUCUGUAACUACUUCCUGUACAUGGGCAAGAAAGCUUGGAUCAUCAUCGGCAACGCCAUCCCUGAGGGUCUGUCAGCAUACGUGUUAACGUAUGAGCAGAGUCGCUACCUGGUCUGGAACCCCAGCAGUGGCCAAUACUAUGGCCAAUAUGACACCUUCUGUCCCCUGCAGACUGUUGGAUGCCUGAUAGAUGCGGACAAUAUAUGGUUCAACAUCCAAAUGUAUGAUGCCCCCAUGAGGAUAAGCUUUGACGUCACUAAGAGCAAGUUCUGGAAGCCCUUCUUCUCAAGGGCCUUUAGUUAUCCAGGAGUGUCUAGCGUUCAGCCUGAAAGUUUGGUCUAUCGACGCACUGACAAGGCAGCUGCUGCGGAGCUUCAGGACAGGAUUGAGAAGAUCCUGCGAGAGAAGAUCAUGGAGUGGCGUCCGCGGCACCCGACACGCUGGAACCGCUACUGCUCGUCCACCCUGCGGCACUUCCUGCCCAAGCUGGAGCAGAGCGGCGGGCGCAACGUGUCCGAGGAGCACCGCCUGGAGCUGCAGAGCCUGCUGGGAGAGUACAGGAUAUCGGGCUUUCCCCUCCAUCUUCCAUUUUCGGAGAUCCAGCCAAUCAUAGAAGCCGUGUACAGCACUGGGGUGCACAAAGUGGAAAUGUCCAACGUGGAGUUUGCUCUGGCUGUUCAUGUUCACCCCUACCCCAAUAAUGUGCUGUCUGUAUGGGUGUACCUGGCCUCUCUCAUACGGACACGAUAGGCUAGAGUUUAUCAUGAAAGUGUUUAUUCGUCUGUACAGUACAUCUAAGAUUUUGCACAGUUGUUUUAUUGUAGUAAGUUGAUGAACUGAGACCAUCAUGGGAAGUGAUAUGUGCUUGUGUGUGAUUAUGACCAAAGAUAGAAUAUUGAUGAUGAAUCAUCAUGUCAACAUGUAAUGACCAAAGAUGAUGGAUUAUUUGAGAAAAAGGAAUACUUUGAUGUAAUAAGUAAUAGUAUUUUUCAGUAUGAGAAGGCUAAUACUGUACAUAGGCUACCUUUUUUCAAAUAAUGUAAAUGAUUUUACAGUUUUAUUUAUCAUGAAUUAAAAAAGUAUUUUUUGUCUAGUA